GGCAGGUGAGUGGCAGGUGCCAACUCCGGGAUCCCCGGUGCUGCGUGCGCUUUUCAAGGAGGAGGUUUGGGCACCCAUCUCCCAGGAGCCGGAGUAAAGGAUUUGCUGGUCAGCUGCUGCAAGCUGGUAGUGUGUUCGUUCCGUCUCGUAGUGUUGUUGGAAAGUGGGAAGAAGGAUUGGAGAUGCACCCAUCUGCUUGUUUAGUUACAGCUUUUUCCAUACACACCUGCUGCAUUGCUGUUUUAAUACCAAGCGAUUCAUCAGCUGCUUGAACCCAGAUGGAAAAGUAUGAGAUCCUUGGGCUAGUGGGAGAAGGAAGCUACGGAAUGGUGAUGAAAUGCCGCAACAAGGAGACCGGCAGAGUCGUUGCCGUCAAGAAGUUUCUGGAAAGCGAGGAUGACAAAAUGGUUAAAAAAAUCGCCAUGAGAGAAAUCAAGCUUCUCAAGCAAUUAAGGCACGAGAACCUGGUGAACCUGCUGGAAGUCUGUAAGAAGAAGAAACGAUGGUAUCUGGUGUUUGAAUUCGUGGACCACACAGUCCUUGAUGAUCUUGAGAUGUUUCCAAAUGGCCUGGAUUACAACAGAGUUCGGAAAUACUUAUUUCAGAUUAUAAAAGGGAUAGGAUUUUGCCAUAGUCAUAAUAUCAUACACCGAGAUAUUAAACCUGAGAAUAUAUUGGUCUCCUAUUCUGGAAUUAUCAAACUCUGCGAUUUUGGAUUUGCUCGAACCCUGGCAGCCCCUGGCGAAGCUUACACAGAUUACGUGGCAACGCGAUGGUAUCGGGCUCCUGAGCUGCUUGUUGGAGAUAUCAAAUAUGGCAAGGCUGUUGAUGUGUGGGCCAUUGGCUGCCUGGUAACAGAAAUGCUUACCGGAGAGGCGCUUUUCCCUGGAGACUCUGAUAUUGACCAAUUGUACCAUAUUAUGAAAUGUUUGGGUAACUUAAUCCCAAGGCACCAAGAGUUGUUCUACAAAAACCCUCUUUUUGCUGGAGUGCGGUUGCCUGAAGUCAAGGAACUUGAACCUCUUGAAAAACGAUAUCCCAAACUCUCUGUUGCCGUCAUAGAAUUUGCUAAGCAAUGUCUCCAGACUGAUCCGGACAAAAGACCAUCCUGUGCUGAGCUGCUGCAGUGUGAUCUGUUCAACAAAGAUUCCUUCACUGAAAGGUUCACUCAGGAACUUAAAGCAAAGAUCCAGAAAGAAAGAGACCACCCUUUGCCCAAGAAAUCGAAAAUAAGCAGGAAAGACAAAGACGAUUCCGGUGAUGAAAAGAAAACGCUUGUAAUCCAGGACUUGGGCAUGGAAUCCAAGCUGAAAGACUCCAAGCUGUUCAGAAUGAAGUUGUCCAAGGUUGACACCGAGAAAUCGGACAGAUCUUCCAAUGCGAGUUUCCUGUAUGAGAGUGGAGCUGGGCAGGUCAAGGCGAUUCCUUCGACAACUUUGAAAGAUUCCAGUAGCAGCCUGGAUUAUGUGAAAAAUCCCGGCACGGUGAUCCCUCCCAUAACACAGAAUUAUUCCACCAUAUCCUCCAGCAUCGGUGGAAACCCUGGCUUGGGGUCAAAACUGGGAAUGCAUAAUUUCAGGAUUGAUGAGAAGUCUAAAAGAUACCUCAACCCUUUCCUAAAGCAAGGGAAAAAGUCACCAGUAGGACACUAUAGCAUCAACCUGACAGCAUCGGUCUCGAAUGAAAACAACGUGCUUCAGACAAACAAGAAAAGAUGGGAGUUUUCCAAAACAGAUGUACGUUUGCCAGAGCUUAACUACGGCUAUCUCCCUGAACUCAAAGGUGUGGACGCUCGGAAUUCCAGAUUUCUGAAGAAAGAAAACAAAAUUGUUUCUGAGUCUCGCAUGCCAUCUCUCGCCACAAUAGAUCUUCAGAACCCGAGCCUUGCCCUGCACCAGGUACUAAAUCUCUCAGAGUUUGGGAAGGAGAGGGUAUCUGGAAUAUCUCUGCAAGACGCUUCAGACUCCACUUUUCCCAGAGUAGAGCAUUAACGUCAAGUGAGACGGAAGGGUCUCGAUCCUGCAAGUGUCUGCAGUGCUUCUACACCCCUGUUGCCUUUUGGGAAGUGCAGAAUCCCUUUGAGGAGCUUAUACAUGGGAACAGGGGUGGGGCGUGUGUUUUCACCACAUUCUAGGUAAUGGCAGCAAAAGGAAACAAACAUUCCCAGUUUCUUUACAGUUGCCAAGGUGCUAUAAGACUAUAAUGUAUAUAAAAUGUCAUCUGGAUUGAAUUAUUUCAGUGCGUCUGGGAGAAACGAUACCAGUCAUGGCAGUGUCAGGCUUUUAUGAGUUUUGAGUACUGCCCGGCGUCUUAUUCCAGAAGAGGUCUGGGAGUAACGUAGCUAUUUUUUCAGAAUCCUAGUACAAAUGUGAAGCGCUUCAGUACUUGAACGACUCCCUGGCACUCGUUACACUUUCUCCAGGAAAGAAUCUUUUGUCACAUGCAAAUAUUGUCAAGUGAGACGUGGAAAUGUGUGUUUGUAAACUGCUAGGCAUGAUGUGCUGGUUUCCUGCCUCAAACUCCCUCACGGGGAGUCUGCUUUUGUGUUUUGCAAACGUGCGUUUCUUGCUUGGUGGAGCUUUCCAUUCUAGAAUCCCACUGCGUAUCCAGCAAACUCCCUUUCUGUAUAAUGCGCAGAUCAAAGCCCUAAGAACUCAGUAAUAUUAAAAACGGCCUUUGAAAAUUCCUCUUUCAUCUUAGGAGAAAUGAAUAUUUCAUACCUGCAGUAUAGAUAUAUUCAUCCGUGAGGCCAGUGGUACAGGAGUAGCUUUGUCAGAAACAGCUUGCAUGAUGCUGCAACGUUAGAUCAUAUAGUUUUUGCAAUCUCUAAAGGAAAGAAAGGAUUUUAACUAUUGUCAAUGCUGACUUGUGCAUGUGGUGGCUACAAAACAGAUUACUUCUAAGUAGUUCUCCUCGGGUUCCCACUAACCAUAAUAAGAUGUGUAUACUGAUUGCUGCUCAGAUUGUAAAAGUACCUGAAAUCUUCUGUAGCAGUUAUGUACGUCAGGAGGUCCUACACACUAGUAAGAGUCUGGCAGAGACACAUGCCUGACUGGCAUGUUCUCUCCCUCCUGGUUGGUCGUUCGGGAGAUUCAAAACCUUUCUCCAGCUCGAACAUCACAGCGACUGAUACCUCAGAGCAUAGCUGCCAACGUUUCCCCUUUUUUAAGGGAAAUUCCUUUAUUCCGAAUAGGAUUCCUCGCAAGAAAAGGGAAGUUGACAGCUAUGCCUCAGAGGCACCAGCACACUUCAGGAUCAGCAGAGUAUAGGCAGUCAGCGUUCAGAUUCAGUAGCGCAGCAUUUUGGCUAAACUACGUUUAUUUACGUAUACGUUUAUUUCCCUAUGUUUAGGGAAGCUUUUAAUGUUUAAUGUAUUACAGUAUUUUAAUAUUUUUUUGGAAGCCGCCCAGAGUGGGUGGGGAAGCCCAGCCAGAUGGGCGGUGUAUAAAUAAUAAAUUAUUAUGAUUAUUAUACACACUUGGAACAUCGUAACUCCGCUCCUUCCUCUUUAGCAUCAGACAGCAAAGCGAAAGGACAGAUGUCCUACAUCACGGAAACACAGUCAUAAAAUUAUCCUGUCUCCAUCACUUCCCACAAUGUGGAAUGAAAACGUACACGGUCAUGUGAUAAAAAUAAUCCCAUGACUGCAACACGCGGAAUGAAUCCUAACACUGUAUACGUACAUCUAUGUUUCCUGGUAAGAUUGCAUAGAUUCAAUUCAACAAAAACAUCAUAUCACUUCUUGUGGACCGCUUAGACGUUUCAAUCAAGCGGUAUAUACAUUUUGUUCAAUAAAUAAAUACAUAUGGAGUCGCCCUUGUUCCUCAUUUUCCCCUUCACUCAUCCUAGGCUUGUAACUCAAGCAUGAUGACUGUUUUAUCCUGGUCCUGAUUUUUUCUCAUGGAUAUUUUUGUGUAAAUUGAAAUAAAUGCCAUUCGUGUGCACAUAAUCCAGCCAUAUAGAGGGAAUUGUGCACAUUUCCUGGUCAGUAUGCACAAUCUUCCAGCAGCCCUUUUCUUAAUAGC